GGAUUUUCCAAUAGAAGCACAUCUAGGCUAAAAGCUAAGAAGGUUGUUUAGUGAUGGAGUCUGGUUUGUUCUGCGAUGACUGGACAGGUAAAGAAGAGCUGCAGCUGCUGGAAGCCAUUGAUGAGUAUGGAUAUGGAAACUGGGCUCCUAUUUCAACACAAGUUGGAAAGACACUUGAAGAAUGUCAAGAUCAUUACAACAACUGCUACAUGUUCAACCCCCACCCUGUGUUGCCAGCGAUACCACUCCGUCCAGAAGUGUGCAGAGUAGUAAAGUCUGAUUCCCAUGCCAGAGGAGAGUCAGAAUCCAAUGAUCCGGUUCCAGUGUACUAUCCUGGUACCGAGAUAUCUGGGUUCAUGCCACGUCGUGGAGACUUUGCUGUGGAGCCUGACAACGGGGCAGAGAGUAUAGUGGCAAACCUGUCACCUGACUCUGAUGAUGAUGACAUGCUAAUGAAAGCUUUUAAUUUGGCCUCCAUAAAGAUCUACUGCUCUCGACUGAAGCAAAGGGCUGCACGAAAGAGUUUAGUGCGGGAGUACGGACUCUUGGACAUCAAGAAGCAGAUUGCCAUUGACAAGACGAGACUGACAAAGAGUCAAUUGAGAUUGAAGAUGGUGGCUCGUCCGUUCAUGAGGUUCAUGAGUCCACAGAGUGCAGCCAAGUUCCUCAUCAGUCACUACAUGGAGGAUGAGCUUCAUCAGCAGAUUAAGAAAUUAAAGUGUUACAGAGAAAAUGGCAUCACAACUCUCAAAGGAGCUGAUUUGUAUGAGAAACUGCUGACUCGUCGUCGUCAGCAAGAGUGUGAGCAGAGGGAGUGUGUGAGAGGUGUGAGGAGUGAGGAGACGUUCCUCUAUCAGGUGCUACAGCACGGGAGUAUGAAAAUAAAGAAACCCGCUGUGAAGGAGAGUAAACCGCUGGACAUCACAUUCUCUGCUGGGGUGGAGCUACUGGAGGAGGACGAGAAAGAGCUGUGCUCCUCCACUCGUAUCCAGCCAAUGCCAUACCUUCAGUACAAGAAGACCGUGUUGGCGGAGUAUGAGAAGCACUCGAGACUAACUCUAGCAGAGUGUAGGAAGCUGCUCAAGAUUGACGUGAACAAAACUAGAAAGAUAUUCAAUCUCUUUGUCAGUAGAGGUUGGAUUGUACACAUCAGCUAGUGCAUAAAACUUUUAAUUUUACUUGUAUAAUAUCCUGUUUUCUCAUCAUUUAUAGUGUGUUUGUCUAAUAUUUUAUUGUAAUUAAUUUUGACAUGUUAUCUGAAUUCAAA